UGCCAAGAUUGGGCUGCCGAGUCUCGCACGAUGGCGAAGAGAGGUGACGACGACCAACUCGACCGUGAAAUCGAGGCGGUGGCCGCGGAAGCAGCCAAGCCAGAUCCUGGAAAGCUAAGGAAGAAAUCAACGCCUCGCUUGCACCUUCCUGACGACAUGAAGAACCAUCAUGCGGGCGGUGACGUGAACGCUGGGACGUUCACGCGUGUGCACCUUCGCGUCCGCGCGGAGACUCGAUUCGGCGAGGAAUUGCAUUGCAGUGGCGCAUCAUACACAAUGGGGCAGUACAAACCGAGCGAGAGCAUUGAGCUCGUCACAUCCCCCGAGGAGUAUCCCGUGUGGCGCACCGUCAAGCCGCUCAUUCUCCCACGCGGGAUUGCCCACAAGUACAUGUAUGCGGUGUUUUCGGGUGGCAUGUUUGCGAAUUGGGAGCCCAUUGACUGCGAUCGCCACGUUGUUCCUCAGGGCCGUGAUAUGACCAUCUCAGAAGACUAUGGGACCUUUGACCUCAACAGCGUUCUCGUUCCAUCAGCGUCGUCGUCGUCCGUGUUUGUUCGGGCCCCUGCGUCCACCGCGUCCUCGACGUCCAAAGCGUCAUCUCCAUCGCGACAACCAGCAUCUGCAGACGCGCCUGUCUCGUCUCUCUCGCGCUCCAAGUCCCUCCAGCGCUUCCAACGCAACAAAGUCAAGCUCCAGCCGCGCACAGCAUCUCGCGACACCCCGGCCGACUUUAAACCGUCGAACCCAGACUCGACGCUCUUCCUCGUGUGCUACCAUCUGCCGAUCGACAUUGCAAAGGAUCCCGUCACGGGCAUCUGGACCGCCACGUGGAACAAAGACAGUCUCAUUGCCAGAUCCGAGAACAGCAUCGCCGAAUCCAUGAAGGUGAAGUGGGUCGGGUGCAUCACAACGGAAGUGUCGGUGUCGCCUCCAGGUGGAGGGCGUUCGACAGUGGUCCCCAUGACGGACGCAGACAUUGCCGCCAUCACUGCAGUCUUGGCCGCCAUGGACGCAUUUGCUGUCUUCUUGCCGCCGACGCUCGCCCACCGUCAUUAUCAAGGAUAUUGCAAGUCGAAGCUCUGGCCAAUGUUUCACAACGUCGACAUUCUAGACAUUUACUCGAGCGUUUGGGAAGAAGAUUUGCAUCAAGCAAACCACGACCUGUGGUGGGAAUCGUACACGGCGGUAAACUCGCAGCUCGCACACGCCGUCGCGGCGGCGGCAGCGCCGCACGACACUGUCUGGGCCCAUGACUACCACCUCCUGCUCUUUCCCAAAGUCCUUCAGGACUACUUUGUCUCGGCCAACAAGCCCCGCCCUCACAUGGUGUUCUUUCUCCACGUUCCGUUCCCGACGUCCGAGAUCUUUCGCGAACUGAGCAAUGGCCCGGCGCUGCUCGAGGGCGUCCUUGCCGUCGACGUCGUCGGGUUUCACACGUUUGACCAUGCGCGGCACUUUUUGAAUGCGUGCAAGCGCUUCCUCGGAUUGACGUACCAAAGCCAGAGCGGGGUGAAUUUGGGGGUCGAUUACAAAGGGCGGAACGUCGUGAUUGCGAUCUCGCAUGUCGGGAUUGAAAAGAACUUGAUUCAAGACGCCGUCCACUGGCCCGGCGUCGUUGCGGCCGCCACGGCCCUGCGGGCGAAACACAAAGGAAAACUGCUUUUGGCCGGCGUCGACGUGUGCCAGCGCCUGAGCGGCAUCCCCCUCAAGCUUCUAGCGUUCGAGCAGUUCUUCAAUCAGUGCCCUGCAUGGAAGGACAAGCUCGCGCUUGUGCAGCGCGUGCACUUGACUGGUUCACGCCAAGGCGACGAAGCAUACAGCAGCCAUGAGAUCCAGCAACUCGUCCACCGCAUCACGGCGUCCCACGGCGCAGACGUCAUCGAUUACGAGGAAUCGACGAAGCCGCUUGCACUGGCCGAUCGCCUCGCGCUGUGGCUCGCGUGCGACAUUUUGAUCGUGACGUCGAUUCGAGGAGGGCUCAACCUCCACCCCCUCGAGUUUGUUUUUGCCAAGGGCGCAUCCAAGGCGUCCGACAUGCACGCCAAGGCGGGGGUCGUGCUGCUCAGUGAAUUCUCUGCGUGCUGCUGCGUGCUCAACGGCGGGCUGCGUAUCAACCCUUGGAACAUCACGGAGGUUGUCAACUCUCUUGACCGUGCGAUCAACAUGAGCAACGACGAGCGCCUCGGUCGUCGGGCUCGCGACUUGCCAUACAUCACAAACCAACCGGCCAGCAACUGGACCAAGCAAGUGCUGUCGAUUCUGCAGGAGAGCCUCGACAUUGACGCGGACGAGCUGUCUGGGGCGCUGGACUUUCGCAAGCUCGACCCGAUCAAGAUCAAGCACGCGUACGAUGCCAGCCGCCGCCGCGUGUUCUUGCUCGACUACGGCGGGACCUUGAUCGCGCGGGAGAACAUGCCCAUGUACAUGAAGAAGGACUUUACCGCUGUGUCAGGAAAGAUCCCGACGCCGCGCAUGCUCCAAGCGCUGCAGACGCUGUGUGCCGACCCGCGCAACUCGGUGUUUGUCGUGUCGGGUGUGUCGCAGGUCAACCUGACGCACGUGCUGGGGCACAUUCCGUCGCUCGGGAUCGCGGCCCACAACGGCGCGCUGUUUUCGUGGGCCAAGUCGAUUCGAUUUGGUACUCCCAACGAAGACGUGCAAGGUAACGAAGGCGACCCUGCGCCCGAAGACGACACGUCGACCACCCGCGCGUGGUACCAUCACCGCCUCGUCGAGUACGAUUGGAGUCCGGUCCGCGAGCUCGUGGAUCCGAUCUUGCGCACGUACUGCUCUCGCACGAACGGGAGUGUGAUUCGGUACAUGGACCAAGGAAUUGCAUGGAACUUUCGAAGCUGCGACCCAGAGUGGGGCCAUUUGCAGUCGACGUCGUUGCAAGCGGAUUUGGAAGACGUGUUGAAGGACGUUCCGGUCGCGAUCGUCCGAAAGAAAGGAUUGCUUGAGAUCGUGCCGGAGGGCCUGCACAAGGGCGUGGUCGCGCGCCACAUUCUCACGUUGGACGCCGAGACCCACGGUGGCCACCCCGACUUUAUCUUUAGCAUUGGCGACGACACGACCGACGAAACCAUGUUCAAAGCCAUCUACGAACACUACGCCGAGCGCAGCGACGAAAGCAUGCACGGCCGGCCCGACUCGACCCCAAGCCUUCACCACGUGUACACGUGCACGGUCGGGAAGAAGCCGUCGAACGCGCACUUGUUUGUCCACCACGUCGACGACGUCGAAGAGCUCCUGCAUACUCUAAGCUCCCUUCCGUAGAGAUAUCCAUCCAUCGCGCACUCUCGCCUUCGUUUUCAUAGCCGCGCAGCACCGACCGAUGCGAUCGUGCGGUCCUGGAGCCGACGUCCGUGUCGUAAGAUUACUCAAACAUUUCUCCGGCGCUUGUUUUUCCUCCUUCAUAUGGCAACCCCCACGGAAUGCAUGUCAACCACGGGUCGGGAAUGUUUGUCUCUUGCACAGCCCCGAAGGAUAUCGG